UUUUUUUUUUUUUUUGGUCAACAUUAUUGACCCUUCCAAUACAUAAACAAACCCAGUUCAUAGUGAAAGAAACUGUGUCUAGGUCCCUGGAAGAUUUUGAAUGAAUCUUGAAGGUCUCAGUGAUUGAAAAUUCAGAACCCUUUCCACAAUAACCUAAAGGAAUGACAUACAGCACUUCAGUAGCUUGGACAUUUUAAUUUCAAAUGAUUAAUUAAAAAGCAUGUGUUGGGUUCUUACUGUCUAGAAUUGUAGUAGAUAUAUGAGAGAAUUUUAAAAGAUGUAGUAGCUAGGGAUGGUGGGCAUACUUUUAAUCCCAGCACUCUGGGAGGCUGAGGCAAGAGGAUGGUAAAUUAAGACUAGCCUGGGCAACAAAUCAACUUGGUGAGACCCUGUCUCGAAACGAAAAAUGAAAAUAAGAUGAAGUUGUAACUCAGAAGCCUUGGGUUAUUUCCUAGUACCCGCCCCCCACCCACAAAGAUGGAGUCCCUGUCCUAUAGGAAAAAAGUGGAUGAACAGGUUUGCAAACCAAUAAUUACAAUAGAUGGGAGUGAACACUAUAAUUGAAGGGGGUUUUUUUUGUCAUGUUGAGACAGAAUCUGACUAUGCAGUUCAGGCUGUUGAGCUCACUUUGUAGCCUAGGCUGGUCUCCACCUUGCAACAAUCCUGUCUCAGUCUCCUGAGUGCUGGAAUUACAGGUGCACACCACUAUGCCCUGCUGUAUUUGAAGGUUUUAUGAGCUGCAACAGAAGUAAAAAUAAAUAAAAAUAAAAACCAGAAGUAAAAGUUGAGAGCGUUAACUUUAUCAGGCAAGAUAUGCUUCCUUAAGAUUAAAGAAUACCUUAAAAUUUUGCAGGACAAAAGCAAGGGUAAGGCAAUCCAGAUAGAAACAACACUAAAUAAAAACUUGUGAUCCUGAAGUACCUUGGCCCUUUAAAGACUUUAGUUACUCAUUUUAGAAGAGUGGGGCAAAUGGGAGAGAAUAGUAAGAGAUGCUGUAGGUAAAUAGGAACUAGAAAAUGAAAGACUCACUGACAAGUAAUCUGAUGGCCAAAGGGAAGCUACUGAAAUUUAAGCAGCAGUUGUAUGAUCAGAUUUGUGCUUGUCAGGUAACUCACAUACUGAUUCUAACAGAGCAAGCUGCAUGAGGCAUUUAUGAAGCGCUGGGCCUUCGGCACAAACUCUGAAUGGAAUUCUCACAGUCAGGCAUUUAAACUCACCUCUUAGAGAUACCGGAAAUAGGCUAACGGUGUUAAUGACUUUCUGCAAAAACUGUGAAAAAUAUCACAUAGAUGUUGGGAAAAUAUCACUUAUGUGCCUCCUGUCACAGUCUCUGUGAAGUGGGUCAGCUGCUCAAGUGUGUCCAAGGUGGGGCACAAGGAGGAGAUAAUGUGUGACCCUGUGGUUCCCCAGCUCUGCUGGCCAGGUGAGGAAUCUCAUAUUAGGCUUUGCAACAGGCUCACCACCAGAUACCCAAUAGGUGCCAGAGCAGGAUUUGCUGCCCAGAUCCGUUACUCUGGUGCUCUGACCAGCCGCACGAUGGUUUCACCCGGGCUGCUGGGUCUGUGCCCCUCCACCUGGUUUUUCUUGCAGCUCUCCUAGCCUUUCCUCCCUGGCAGCCCCCUGCCUGGGCACUGCUGUUCCAGUGCCCUGUCCACAGUUAUGAUUUCCAGGACAGAGCAGGGUGAGAAUGGUGGACUCGCAACACUGGGCUCGUGAUACCAUGGGCCAGGCCUGUCCUAAGGGAGCCUGAACCCUGGGGUAAAGGCUCAGUUCUGUCCUAUUUGCUUCCUGGUACAUCCCAGAGCCCUGAGAUUCUCCCAGGUCUCAGGAACAAAAGAACGAGCACAGCAGGGGUAGAGCACCCCACCCACUCUUGCUUUUGGAAGUCUCACUUUUCACAGAACACAAGUGAUGUUUGCUGCCACUCGCUAACAAGAUCUCCUCUGUGACAUUUGCUGGCUUUGCAGUGUUGUGAUUGUGUAGCCUGCAGACUCACCAGUAGGGAAGGUGGGUUCAUCCCUCAUCGUUUACGGUAGAAAGUCCUUGCCCCAAGGAAUGAAAGCCCACAAGGGAGACUGCAUUUGAGUGUCCUUUUAAUGUGUAAAGUGCAAUGCAAAAAUGAGUUAUGAUGAUGAUGACGAUGAUGAUGAUGAUGAUGAUUCUCACCAUCUACCACAGCAGUUUCCUUGGAAAGAUGGCCCUAGCUUCUAGCAUGUUUUAACACUUUGAUUUCCUUGCUCUAAUGAAGUAAUAUAGGUAGGAAACUCUGGAAUCAGAUCGCCUGGAUAUGAUUGGCAUCCGAGCCCCAUCCUGUGGUCACUGUCAAAUGCCCAGAAAGUUUCUUAAAUACAGUAGUCCCUUGAUAUCGAAGGGAGCCCCGGUUCCAGGACCCCUGCAGAUACCAAAAUCUGCUGGUGCUCAAGCUCUUGCAUAAAACAGUGUAGUAUUUGCACAUAACCUAUACACCUCCUUCUGUGUACUUUAAAUCGUCACAGCAUUACCUACCAUACUGGAGGCCAGGUGCAUGCUGUGUAAAACCUUGUUACACUGUAUUAUUUAAGCAGCAGCAUACAAGAGCAGGUUUGUCUAUGUUCACUACAGAUGGGACUGUUUCUCAGAUAUUUUCGGUCUGCCCUUGGUCAAAUUUGAGAUGUGGUACCUGGGGAAAUGAAGGUCUGUACUCUGAGCAUUUUAGUUUUUUUAAUCUGUAAAAUGGGAGCGAUAGUCUAGAUAUUUAUGUCUAGCCCAAGUUCAUAUGCUGAAAUCCACUCCAUAGUUUUCUUUAAUUCCAAUUUUAUAAGGUCAGUAACUCUCCUAUCUAUAGGCUUUUAGGUGGUAUUUUUUUUAGUUGUCCUUGCUCAGGUUAAAUAAAUUUCCACCUAAACCUUGUUUUGCUGAUGCUAUACAAUUUGGAGUAAGGAUCCUCCUCAGGGCCACGUAUUAAAGGCGUGGUCACUGGCUUGUGGCACUAUGGAGAGUUGGUAGAGCAUUUUUAAGGUGAGCCAUAGUGGAGGAAGUUGUCAUGGAAGGGGAUGGGGCUCCCUACCAGCAGACACAGGACCCCAGCUUCUUGCCUGCUUUGUUUGCUUCCCACCUGCCAUGAGGUGAGCGGGCCUCUCCAGCCAAGCAUUUCCACCACGACUGACAGGGCCACUGCAUACCCAGAGCAGACACAGAACUACCAUGAACUGAAACUCUGAAACUGAGCCAGCAUAGGCCUUUUCCCUUAUUAAAUGGAUUAUCUCAGGUGUUUUGUCACGGUGACAGAAUGCCGACUAGCACAGCUGAGAAUUUUUAUCUCAGAUGUUGGAUUCUGGCAAAUUCUUUUCUUGCCUUUGUUGAAAAAUCAAAUGAUUUUUCUUUAGUCUGUUUAUAGGGUGAGUUUUAGUAAAUAAUUUUUUAAGUGUGGAGCCAGCCUUGCAUUUCAGGAUAAAUUCCACUGAGUUGUAGUAUAAUAUCUUAGUUACUUUUCUUGUUGCUGGGACAAUAUACCGAACACCCACAAGCUGUCAGAGUUUGGCUGAGAGUUUGUAGAGAUUUCAAUCCAUAGUCAGCUGGCUCCAAGGCAGGGCAGCUUGGCAGAGGCAAUCAGUAAUAGCCAGGAAGCAGACAGGAUCAACGCAGGAGGAGGGGUGUGAGUGUUCCAGGAGAUACCUGGUGACCCACGUGACCCACCUCUUCCUAUCAGGCUCCGGCUCCCAGAGCACUCAGCUAUAAACCCAUCAGUGGAUUUACCCAGUGUGCAGUCACUGCCCAAAAGCCCUGCAAAUGAGCACAUGCAGCUUUGGGCAUUAGGGGACAUCUAGACAUAAACCAUAACAGUAUCUUUGUAAUGUAGCACUGACGUACUAAAAGUUUGAGGAUUUUUGUAUCUGUGUGUAUAGGACAUACUGAAUUUUCUCUCUCCCCUUCCCUUCCCCUCCCUUUACUUCCUCUCUGUCCUGUUCUCGUUUUGUUUGAGACAGGGUACCGGUUAUGUUGUCCAGGUUGGUCUCAGACUCUGUGGGCUCAAGUACUCUUCCUGCCUCAGCUUCCCAGGAUCUCACCGUGUAGUUCAAGCUGGCCUUGAGUUCACUAUGUAUUAAAAGCUGACUAUGAACUUGCAGUGAUCCUCUUGCCUCAGCUUCCCGAGUGCUAGGAUUACAGCCACCAUGCCUGGCAUCUUCUGCGUCCUUUGUGUUCAUUUGCUCUUCUUUAUCUGGUGUUGGGAGCCACCACAUUGCCGAGCCGCCGCAUAUAGCGAUCAUGCGGCCUGUGGUAAAGAGUAAAGCCUGAGUUAGAUUACCCCUCCCAUCGAGCACGUUAGUUUCCUGCUUACCGCGUAAACAACCCGCUCAAUAAUAUGUUAGCCAAUCAGCUUGCCUUGCUUACUUUAACAUGAUUGGACACUGUAUCCGUAUAUAUACUGGUGCCACCCCUGGGGCGAAGUAGAAGCCCGGAAGGAGCCGCGGAGAGCGGACCGGUAGAGGCUUCGGAGCGAAGCACGGAAGGAGCCGCGGGGAGCGGACCAGAGGAGGCUUCGGCUGGGAGCGAUCCCAGGGCAGGCUGUACGGAGAGAAAAUAAAAGAAAAGGUUGUCCACUGCCAGACUUUGUCGUGUGUCCUUCCUGCCGGCCGGGAGCGACAUCGACAUCUGGUGGCCCGUACGGGGACUGAUCACCCCCGAGACAUGGCAGUGGACAACGCUCCAACGCAGAGCUGCAAGACAGGUGAGUAGAGGAUAAACCUGGGCCCUGGGUGGCGCGCACCUACAGGGUUUGUAGACUCCUCUCAGGCUCACGUGUAAGUGGCGGAUUCCUUGGGCCUCACGCGGUGAGUAACAUAUUAAAAAAUGGGAAACAUGCUAGGUAGCAGCACUAAGAGUGAGGGUGGUUGCGGGGAAAGCUCUCAAGAGCUUACAAAAGUACGCAGGGUAUUUGAGCAGGCCCAGUCAGGGAGCUCCCGGGAGGGGUCCGUCAAAGGAGACAAAGAUAUAAAGGAGGAAGACGGGGCUCAGGCCUCGGAGUCGUCUGACUCCGAGAACGAGGAAGGCUUAGACAACGAUGAGACCAAGGAGCCUAGAUGCCAAGAGGAUAGGCCACUCGAUAAGGAGUCGCAGGGUUCUUUCCCAGCAUUGCGCCGCGAAUUGCGCUCCGCUCAACUUGGUCUGCGGAGGAGUAGAGAGCUCCUGAGCGCCCCCUGGCGCGAGAGGGAGGCGAAGCCUUCCGCCCCACCUUGGGGGCUGUUCCCGGAAGCGAUCCCUCGCCACGAGGCGGCCGCGUGGGAGCUCCCUCCCCUUUCGCCAGAACAGGAAGUGAUGCACGGGCCCCCAUUUUCCGCCCAAUCACGGCCGCCGUCUUAUGCUCCGCCGCCGGCGGGUCGGUAUUUUUACAGGCGGCUUUGGCAGGGGGGACGUUUGUCUCAUGAGGUACAUCCACCACCUGGGAUAGAUAGUGGCCCCUACAGGAUAUUUCCUGUACAAGUAGCUAUGGGCCAGGGACGUAAUGCAUGGGAGCCUUUUGAGAUAAAGCAGAUUAGAGAACUUAAAAAUACAGUUACAACCUUUGGGCCGACUGCGCCUUACACCAUUGCCAUGCUGGAGAACCUGUCUUCUGGGCCCCUCACCCCCGCGGACUGGAUUCAGCUGGCAAAGGCGUGUCUGCCCUCGGGUAGUUACCUGGAUUGGCGAGCCUGGUACACAGAGUUCUCUGCCGAGCAGGCUGAGAAAAACGCCGGUCGAGGAAAUGGGGGCUGGGGAUUUAGCUCAGCGGCAUAAGCGCCUGCCUUGUAAGCAGGCAAUCGCCAGUUCGAUUAAAUACCAAUAAAAAAAAAAAAAAGAUAAAAAUAAAAAAUAAAAAAUAAAAAACAAAAAGGGGGAGUAAGCCAAGGCCUGCCUCCAAAGGCGCGGUUAUCUAUGGCAUGACAAUGGAUGGGCCCGGAUCCGGUAAUCAGCUGGAACCGAGGCGCAGUUUGUGUUUUUCUGCAGGAAUCGGGACGAGAACCACUGUGGGUACCGGAGAGACUGACACGGGCGACAAAGCCCUCGACUGAAGAUCAGACCUGCCCUACCGGAGAUCCAUCACAGACCAACCAACAAGAUGAAUAGAAAUAGCGGUAGCCCGAAAUGGACAAGAAGAUCCUCAGGCAUAUGCAUGGCUCGCUCGCCUAGCCUACGACCGAGUCUAGGGACGGUGAGCUUCCCACACUCCUCCUCUAAAAAAUUAUGAUAUAGCAGGGUAGAUGAGUCAAUGACGGGUAAGAGCAUGCCUCCCCAGCAUGACUCAACCUAAGACAGGCCCUACCCCAUACCGCACGAAAGCCGCUGAAUUACUAGGUUUCGCCCAAACCAAAUGUCGCCCCGGGGGGAUCAUGCGGAGCGACAUGAGUGUAUGCCUGUGUGCAUCCAGGUUCCGUCCGGUUCCUUCCUGGCCCUGGAAAAAGGACGAGGGCCUCAGGGCCUCGGCAGACUCGGGGACGGCCGACCCGGGCCGACGCCGAGAGCCCUUGGUGGGCCUCCUAUCAGGGCAUAGGCCUCUACACUCAAUUCAGGACGGGCUGCGAUGCGUAGACUUAUUUAAAAUAAAAAAGGGGGAGAUGUUGGGAGCCACCACAUUGCCGAGCCGCCGCAUAUAGCGAUCAUGCGGCCUGUGGUAAAGAGUAAAGCCUGAGUUAGAUUACCCCUCCCAUCGAGCACGUUAGUUUCCUGCUUACCGCGUAAACAACCCGCUCAAUAAUAUGUUAGCCAAUCAGCUUGCCUUGCUUACUUUAACAUGAUUGGACACUGUAUCCGUAUAUAUACUGGUGCCACCCCUGGGGGGAAGUAGAAGCCCGGAAGGAGCCGCGGAGAGCGGACCGGUAGAGGCUUCGGAGCGAAGCACGGAAGGAGCCGCGGGGAGCGGACCAGAGGAGGCUUCGGCUGGGAGCGAUCCCAGGGCAGGCUGUACGGAGAGAAAAUAAAAGAAAAGGUUGUCCACUGCCA